AUUCAACAGCACGAAAACAACACUGCGCUGUGCUCAUUUUGUUGUGAACAAUUUUUGUUAAUUUUGUUAAUUUGAUUUGCGAGGGUCGUGCGAGCAAGGCAACGGACAUCGCACGCCAGCGCGGAUACGGAAGUGCGAACCUGCAGCAUGCGCCAGGACACAUAGGCAGCAGCAGACCAAGACCAAGCGCACUUGGAGUUACCUAGAAAUGACAAUGGGCGAGCCAACCACGUCUCUCGUUCUGCCCGUCAUACUGCGGCCCAUUUUCUCCCAGCUCGAGCGACGCGACGUAGGCGCUGCCCAAUCUCUGCGCUCCGCCAUUCUCAAGUCGGAGCAGAACAAUCCGGGCUUCUGCUAUGACCUGGUCGCCACCAUUGUACGGCGGGCCGAUCUGAACGUGAACCUAAACGAGGCCGUGCUCCGAUUGCAGGGCAACAUUACGGAAGCGGAUCUCAAUGAGUACCGCUUGACGCGCACGGAGGAGCCUUUCCAGGAGCUCAACCGCAAGUCCGUGGCCCUCAAGGUGAUCCUGAGUCGCAUACCCGACGAGAUAAACGACAGGAAGACCUUCCUGGAGACCAUCAAGGAAAUCGCCAGCGCCAUAAAGAAACUGCUCGAUGUGGUCAACGAGAUCGGCUCGUUCAUACCGGGCGUUACGGGCAAGCAGGCUGUGGAGCAGCGAAAGAAGGAGUUUGUCAAAUAUUCCAAGAAGUUCAGCACAACGCUGAAGGAGUACUUCAAAGAAGGACAACCGAAUGCAGUAUUCAUAAGUGCACUUUUUCUAAUACGGCAAACGAAUCAAAUAAUGCUGACAGUUAAGAGUAAAUGCGAGUAGAGAAUUAAAUCGUUUAAUUAUGGCAAAUUUUAGUGGCAUUUUAAUUUUAUGUUUAAAUAACCAUUUAACCACCCACGAAUCAAAUAAACUCCAGAGAGCACACACACUUAAAUACCCAAUCGCCCGAUAAAGUCCAAGUUAAAUGUUUGAACGUAAAUUAAAAACUGUUGUAACUAAAUAAAUAGGCCUAAUUUACAUCGUAAAUAUGUAUUACAAAUAAUCGGACACUAAAUUCAGCUGAGCCUAAGCAUUGUAAUUAACUAGUGAGCAACUAUUUAUCGACGACGAUGUGCGAGAGUUAUUUCGUUUACAAUUUAUUGUAAAUAAUUCAUUCUUUUUCUGUUAACAACAACAUCGGCUAGUUUGUUUUUGUUUAGAAGAAGGCGCCUACGAAUAAAUUUAAAAUUAGUGAAAAGAAAAACGAGAAACAGGAAGUGUAUGUACUACGGGGAGAAUAAAACAAAAAAAAACGGAAGACACUUAAAUUUUUAACUGUUUUUAAUUGUUAGAGUUUGAAAUUUAAACACUAUACAUAAUAAUCAUUUACUUAAUGAUAUGUUCGGAACGAAAAAUGCGGAAGCGAAAGACAUUAGUAGUCGACAGCACUAUCAACAGGAUGGAGAAAGAAAUUAUUUUAAUUAAAAAAUGUUAUAUGAAAAACGAAGAACACUAAACAAAACAAAAAAAAAAGAACGGCAACAAAACUCAUAAUGUAGACAUAGCGAAAAAAGCGACAAAUAAAUGUAUUUAUAUUCCAAA